GUUAGGUCUUCACUUCUAAAUAAACACACACAGCUUUGAGUCUUGCAGUUUGGCCGGCUUCUUACUCUUAGUCUUACGAAAUAGAGAUGUAAUUAUAUAUUUUAAACGUCUAGGUUACUAUUCGAACAGCACAACCAGAGCUGAUCAUGGCAUACAAGGAUCAUGCGGCUAUUUUACGGAUAUGUACGGAUCUCUUAUCUACCUAUCAAUCAGGUUCUGUAAUCUCUUCAGAAGAACACCUGAAACGUCUUGGCGUGGAAUUUGAUGAUGCAGUGAGAGUUUUCAUAGAGGAGGUGUUUCUAGGAUGUAUAAGAUUUUCAACAGCUCUCACUAUGGCCGUGGAGUGCUUCCGGAAAACUAGAGGUCUUACGAGGCUACCCGAGGGCAUGAUGAACCUAUAUAAAGUUUUAUGCUAUUUGCUGUUGUUCCGCUUCGAAGAACUAGGGGAAAAACAAUUCUCUCGGUUUGUGCAAUCUCAGGAUCCUGGGAAGAUGUAUAAGUUUUUAACCUUCCUUGUGGACAAGCGCAGCAUUGAUUCUGUACUAAAGCCAAACUGGUGUCUUCAUUUUGAUGAGAGUUACGUAGUGUGUAAUAUGGUGGAACCACUGCUUAGGUCCAAGACACAGCUUCAGAAGUUAAAUUUAGAGUUGAAAAACAAAGCAGAGGGGAAGUCGCAACCAAAUCCACAAUCGAAGGCUACUACACGUAUGAAGCCAUUUCAACUGACAGAACCAAAGCCGAAAAUAAUUUCAAUACCAGAACAGCUUCCCACACUGCAAAGGAUGAAGCCAGUGCCUGAAGUAGUGUAUAAGCCUCCUGCUGAAGUAGAACAAAUUGAAAAAGCAAAGCAGAAGAACAAGUUAAAAGCACAGGAGAUAUUUAUCGAAACCCAGAAGAAUCAAUUGAGAUGUGCCAAGGCAGAGAAGUCGGUGAAGACACAGAAGAAGCUUAAACAGAUCAUCAUGGAAAAGGAAGCCAAACUUGAGUUUGAGAAACCGAAAUGUACCAUCAUUACAGGCAAACUGAAUGAGAAGGUGCCAGUGCGGAUGAAUGCAGCCAUGGUGCUCAGAGAGGGAGCUGUCUUUCUUAAAAAAGAGGAUGAAGAAAUUAAAAAGUUGGAGGAGCUGGAGGGUGGAUCACGUGACACUGGCAGCUUUCUGAGGUGGCAGGCAGAAAUGCGGGAACGUGAUGUGCAGCAACAGCUCUUUGAGCAGGAGCGGCGCCACCUGCAGGGAAAACUGAGUCACGAGGAGGCAAUUGUGGCUCGUCGAGCUCGUGCAGUUAGCAACAAGGAGCGAGCAGCUGACAUGAAACGAGAGGCAGAGCUUAACAUUCAACAGUAUUGGGCUGAUAGACUGCAGGAGAUGGAAGUAAAAAGGAUACAGGUGGAGGAGGUAACAUUCAGCCAGCAACAUGUAAAGGAAGCACAGGAAAAGCUGCUUCUUUACAAGCAGAACAUCGUAAAACAAGUAACAGAAGAGAAGCAAGAGUUAAUGAGGCAGGCGCUAGAAGAGGCGGACGAGGCAAUGCGACAGAAGCUGCAGCUCAUUGAGCAGAUUCGCAGCAUGGAGGCGACGCCUGUGCCGCCCGGUAAGCUCGUGGACCUCAGCGACACCGCCGGCACGGGCCUGCUCUGUGAGAUGUCGAUCGCCGAGCUGAGGGAGCGACUCGCGCGGCUUAGAGUGACGCAGCUCGAGCUGCAAGAGGCAAGGCGAGGCGAGAUCCACGGGAAAAAGCAGGAGAAAGAAAAGGUUCUACAGGAAAUGCAAGAUACAAUAAUGAGACAUAGAGAAAGGAACAAAGUGGCAUCACCUAGGCAUCAGGACAAGCAGAUUUUCAACAUCCGGUGCAAACAAACGUCUGAGGAGAUGGAGCAGUUAGAGGAGAGGCUGCAGAAAAAGAAGGCCGAGAGAAGGAGCUUGGAGGCACAGUUGAAUGUACCCCAGGGGAGGACUGACCCGAUGAGAUUUAGAGUUAAGAAGUCAGACAAGGAGCAAGUGGAAGAGAAAAGGUGGAAAAUGGUCAAUGAGGCACACAUAAGAGCAUUCCAAAUGUCUACUGGUCAUGGGGAUAACAGUGUUUCACAGCAUGAAAAGAAUUAAUUUUCUCAGUCUGUACCUAACUGUAGUUGUACCCUAGUAAAUAUAAACUUUUUAUCUCAUGUUCCAAGUUUUAAUAGUCAAUAUUGUUAUAGCUAUAAAAAGUACAUAGUAUCCCCCAAGAAAAUGUAAUAAUACAAAACAAAAAUUGCAAAAUGGGCUGCUAUGUCAUAUUAGACUAACCUUUUUUUACCAUGAUCCUCUUAACUAUUUGUUUACAUUAUAAUGGCCUAUCCAAACACUAUUCAGCAUGUGUAUGCACUUGUGAAUCUCAUGUACUGCUAUUCUAAAAUACAAUAUAGCGUGAAGCCUCCACGAAUGGUUUCUUUGUAAGUCAAACUAAUUAAAUAAAAUUUUUUGCAUGCAGUU